UUCAAAGCUGAAAAAUCAUACCUCUUAACUGGAAAUAAAUAAGUAGAAUAUUUUGUUGGACAUUAUUUCGGUCCCACUGACAGUUGCUGCAAUAUUAAAAGAAAACCUGCCUGCACCGAUUAUGCCAGCUGGUGAACAGAGCAUCUGCCAAGCGCGGGCCUCAGUUAUGGUCUAUGAUGAUUCAAGCAAAAAGUGGGUCCCAGCCAAACCUGGACAACAAGGGUUCAGUAGAGUCAACAUCUAUCACAACACCUCUAACAAUACCUUCCGAGUAGUUGGAAUGAAACUACAGGACCAACAAGUAGUCAUAAACUACUCCAUCGUGAAAGGACUGAAGUACAAUCAGGCUACACCUACGUUCCACCAAUGGCGAGAUGCUCGGCAGGUCUACGGGUUAAAUUUUGCAAGCAAGGAAGAAGCCACAACCUUUUCCAAUGCAAUGGUGUAUGCUUUAAGUGUGCUGAAUUCCCAAGAUGGAGGUCCUACAGUGCAGCGCCAAGUUCAAGUUCAGAAUGGGCCACCCCCUGAAGAUCAGGAAGCACAGAGAAGAGCUGGAUGAACACAGCAGGCCAAGCAGCAUCAGAGGAGCAGGAAGGCUGACGUUUCGGUUUCUACCCUUCAGAUCAAAGUUGCUCCUUCCCCUUCACAUAGCCAAUCUCCUCCACCUGAGUACAGUAACUACAGUAUGAUUGUAUCUUCGUGUACUGCCCCUCCUCUAUCUUAUGCCAAAGCUUCAUCCUUCAAUUCCACAGUUUCUCCUAAAGUAGUAUUUGCUGAUGAUACUUGCCAGCUAACAUUGAACAAUGCACAUUCUGAACCUCCACCUCUUCGAACCUCAGUGCCACAAUUAUCUGCUUCCAUAAGUUCUGCGUUUUCUCCUGUGCAGCCAAACCUUGGAACCAGGUGUCAGCAUGUCAGCAUGAACCCCUUAUCCCCUUCUCCUUCUCCCUUCCAUCCUCCCCCAUUGCUUCAUACGUCUGUCUCUGAUUCAUCUGCUACAUCUUCUCCUCUACCUCCAUCUCCUCCCGUGAUGAUCACCUCUCCUCCCCACAGGGCUAUUGAACGACAGUCUGUAAUUCCAGUUGCUUCCCCUGUUAUUCAUGUGCAUGAUGGCAAGGUUAAAAGACCUAUGGAUUCUGUGGUCCAGGUAGCUCCAUCUGCCACAAACCAGAAUGGUCAGGAUGAAGAUCAUUUUCUAACUGCAACUCACCUGACUUCUAAGUCUCCAGUAAAAAGUACAGAGGGCUCUUUCAUAUUUAGUUUAGCAUCUACUCCUGUAUCUCGGGUGUCUGUUAAGUAGUCCUUCCAAUUCCCAAAGUUGUCACUUUCAUCUGCACUCCCUGCACAGCAACUCUAUAAAACCAUCUCACACUUUGUUACAUCUCCUCCAUUUUAUGCUGCUUGCUCUGAGGCAGCAAUGUCCAAGAAGACCCCAUCUCCCAUGACAUCAGUUACUUCAACUACCAUUACCCAGUCGGUUCCUUCCAUAACUCCUGGAGGACCCCCAACCCAAACUACGUGCCCCCCGCCACCUCCUGCUGGUGGUCCCCCACCACCUCCACCGCCACCAGGGCCUCCACCAGCGUCUGGAGGUGGGCCACCUCCUCCCCCUCCAUUGCCAGCUUGUGGAAGCCCAGGAGCUAGAGGUGAUGAUGGACCUUCAGCUUCAGGUCUGGCAGCAGCACUUGCUGGAGCCAAACUGAGGAAAACCAGUCGGCCUGAAGAUGGUUCAGGAAGCUCCAGUCCUGGGGGAAUGUCAAAGAGUGAGACCAAUCGGAACAGCUGUGGAGCAGCAGCAACAGGGGGAGGAGGAGGAUUGAUGGAUGAAAUGAAUAAACUGCUCGCAAAACGGAGGAAAGCUGCCCAACAAACAGAUAAAGCAAGUGACAAAAAAGAGGAGGAAAGCCAGAAUGAGGAUGCAAGCUCUUCACCUUCACCCAGUUCACGAGGUCCUGGUGUGCAGAAUUCAACAGAUACUGGUAAAAAGCCAUGGGAAAGGGCCAACUCCACUGAAAAGACAGGAACUCUCUCAAGAAAUGCAUUUAUGACGAAGAGUCCUGAAGCUAAGAAUGUUGUGCAGUCUCAUCUUUCAUCUUCUAGGCUGAAACCAGGAAGCAGCGCCAGUAAUGACGUGGUCACGGAUGCCUUAGAUUUUGAUCGAUUGAAGCAGGAAAUACUGGAGGAAGUCGUAAAGGAACUGCACAAGGUGAAGGAAGAGAUUAUUGAUGCCAUUAGAGAAGAACUGAGCAGAAUCAGUACAACGUAAUGAAUUUUGCACUCUGGAACAUGGGGUGUUCUGAAAGGAAUCGGGGAAGUUGAGACAGCUGUGUGGGGUAUUGUGUGGAAGAUGACUAUGAGAGAAGCUAUGCACUGAAUGUCACGGUCGCUUUUAAACCCUUCAUUGAUUAGUGGACUCAAUAUGCUCUGCUGCUUACUGCCUUGGAUCUGCUUCACAUGAAAAGUCUUAAUUCUCCAAAACAACAAAAAAAACUUUCAAUAAUUUUAAUACUUGUGGAUCUUGUUUUCUAGGUUUUUCAAAAAAAAUUGCACAUCUGUUUUAUGUUAGCCUUUGUAAUUUUUUAUUAGCUUAUUUAAAGGUUUACAUUAUUUCUAGAUUAUGUUUUUAGAGAAGAGCUUCAACACAGACACACACAACACAUUUUGCUUUUAGUAGAUGAAUAAGUUGUUCUUUCUACCUUAAGAUGUUACCACAGUAUUUUUGACUCUGUUUUGAAAAUUGUUGCCAACAAAGAGAUCCUUGUAGCAUCACUGAAAAGGCAGAAACUUGUAAAAGUUGUAAUAUGACAAUGGUAACUGAUUUCUCAACAAAUCUUUCAAACGUUAUUAAAACAAAGUACAUCAA